UAAUUACAUAAGAAAUGAACAGGAAUGAGAACAGUUCAACACAUUUACACCUGAACUGCUGUCCCUCGUAAGACGUCUCGGCGUUUUCUUAGGAACAUUUAUUCUAUACGUUCUAAACAAAGAAAAAUGUAAUGCUCUUGCAAUAUCUUCUUUCCCACACACGUGCAGUCGCUGUCCCUUUUCCCCUCUGUAAUAAGCUCUUAUGAGCACUAAGCUGUGGUAUUAGCAUGCUAGCUGAGGGCGGAGUGAAAGUGCUAAGGGGCGUGUCUAUAAGUUGACUGACAGAAGGCGCAUGCAAACACAAACUUUCCGGACCGGAAUACGGUUUUUCAAGCGGGUUUCCUCAUCCAUGUAAUACUUUUGUCCUGAGACCAUGGCUUAAACCAUUAUUAUUUUAAAAACUUUCUACAUGUUAUUUGUAUUAGUAAGAAACAAAACAAAUUUCUAUUGCACUUUUAAACCCGAUGGUUGUCUAGUGUUGGACCAGUUUACUGACUCUCUGGCGACCUCUACAGGAAAGAAAAGCGUGGCGAGGCACCGCGCGCUGCCGGAGAAUGGGCUCCCCGGUGUCUUAGGCAGCCAGAGAGCGUGGUUCGGGCCGAUUCUGCGGAUCGACAUGAUGGCAAAUUCGACGGGGAAAAAUGUACCCGAGCAGCGGAGGAAAGGACUAGCUUUCCUGGACGAGCUGCGGCAAUUUCACCAAAGCAGAGGAUCGCCGUUUAAGAAGGUCCCGGUGGUCGGGGGAAAGGAGCUGGACCUGAGCGCUCUGUAUGUCAGAGUCGUCUCUUUAGGCGGCUUCGCGAAGGUCUCGGAUAAAAAUCAGUGGUCGGAACUUGGAGAAGAGUUUAAUUUUCCCAGGAGUUGCUCUAACGCUGCUUUUGUUCUGAAGCAGUACUAUCUGCGCUAUUUAGAGAAGUAUGAGAAGGUCCAUCACUUCGGAGAAGAUGACGACGAGGUGCAACCCGGAAACCCCAAACCGUCGCUUCCGAUCGGUGCAAUACCUUGCUCCUACAACUAUCAGCAACACACUGUCUCAGACUAUCUCCGCCAAAGCUACGGGCUGUCGACGGAUUUUGUCCCUCCGUGUGACUACAACAAACUGGUGCUGUCCCUGCUGUCGGGGCUUCCUAACGAGGUGGACUUCGCCGUCAACGUGUGCAUGCUGAUGUCCAACGAGAGCAAGCACACCAUGCAGCUGGAGAAGGAGCCCAAACUCGUCACGCUGCUGCUGGCACACGCCGGAGUCUUCGACGACUCAUUAGGUAGCUUUUCUGCUGUAUUCGGCAUGGACUGGAGGGAGAAAACGUCCCGAGACUUCGCCAAGUUUUGGAAAGAUAUUGUUGAAGACAAUGAAGUAAAAGAUCUCAUCUCAGACAAGAGCUGCACACCACAAGAUGGCACGGAGCAGAGUGCCGUGCAGACCUCGCUGUUUCACCCACAGCGGAACAUGGGCACGUCUGACGUGGAGGCUCAGCGCGUGCUGCAAGUAGCCGUCAUCCUGAGGAACCUGUCCUUCGAGGAGACCAACGUCAAGCAGCUGGCGGUGAACCGCACGUGUCUGCGCUUCCUCCUUCUCUGCGCACACUGCACGUUCAUCUCGCUGCGGCAGCUGGGCCUCGACACCCUGGCCAACGUAGCAGGAGAGCUUCAGCUGGAUCCAGUGGACUUCCGAACGACACACCUAAUGUUCCACACCAUUACAAAGUGUCUGAUGUCAAGGGACCGGUUUCUAAAAAUGAGAGCCAUGGAGAUCAUGGGCAACCUAAGCAAGGCGGAGGAUAACGGUGUUCUGAUCUGUGAGUAUGUGGACCAGGAGUCGUACCGGGAGGUGAUCACCCUGCUCACCCUGCCAGACAUCAUGCUGGUUAUCUCUGCCCUGGAGGUGCUUUAUCAGUUGACGGAACUCGGAGAGAUCACCUGCUCCAAAAUUGCCUCAGUGGACAGGAGCAUAGAUCUCCUGGUGCGUCUAGUGUCGGUCGAUUUGCACACGUUCGGACCUGAAGCUCUGACGGCUAUUAAACUGAUCGAGCACCAGAGCGCAAACAGCCAGGUGGCGGAGGUACGGCCGCAGCUCGUAGAGAACGUACCUACUCCGGUGCAAGGCGCACCUGUGACAGUGACAAGAGUUCCUGUCCAGACCAACCCUCCACCUGGCAUCGUAGAGAUAGAUGGAGAAAAGUUUGCUGCUCAGUGGCUGAGCGCUCAUUACGAGGCGCAGGCAGAAGGCUCCAUUUCUCGUUCGGAGAUGUACUCGGACUACCUGGCAGCCUGCGGCAAGCUGUCACGCGGCGGUGUUCUCACAUCCAAUGGUUUUUACAAAUGCUUAAGGACGGUAUUCCCGAAUCAUACGAUAAAACGCGCGGAAGAGUCUAAAGUAAACACUCAAGCUCAGAUCCAUGUAGUUGGUGUGAGGAAGAGGGCAAUUCCUCUCCCCAUUCAACUGUAUUACCAGCAGCAGCAGCAGCAGUCCUGCCCUGUACCAGGGCCCAAACACGAAGCCUCCUUAGAGCCUUCACAUCACACCCAAUCAGCGUUGCCGCCUGGUGUGGGUGGGCAGUUUGUCCGGGCACCAGCACCAAGCCUUACUGCCAACCAGGCAGCACCACCGGUUGCCUUCAACAUUCAUGGAGCACCACAGGCCCAUCCUCAUGUUCCCAUCGCUCCAGUGCCAGCUCACGCUGCUCCACAAGCUCCACCACCACCACCUUCCUCCCCGGCAGCUCCGCCGAUGCUUCCACGGCCUAACGACAUCCUAAAGACAGCCAUGAUCCAGAGCUCCAUCCCCACAGCACCCACUGCUCCCCCUGCCUCCAACCAUAAUAAUAUUCCCCCUGCAGUCUCUCUACCCCAAGCCCUCCUUCCGCAUACUCCAGUAACGCUGAUACAGAAGGCACUACCACAGGGACACAUACUCACAGGAAGAGUACAGGCAGCGUGCCCUCCCUUGGAGCAACAGCGGCUUCCGGUCCCACAGAGCCAGCAAGCUUCCUCCUCACAGGAUACCGUGGUAUUGGCCAACCCUCCUCAGUACUCGAGCACUCCUUGUACGCCAUUGGUGGCAGAAGGGCAGGUGUUCACUGUAGCAGGUGUACAGAGUGCCCAAGGACCACGUGUGACUUUCCAGAACAUUGCCCCAAAACCUGCCCUGCAGGCACAGCAUCCACUACACCACCAGCCACACCAUCACCACCAACAGCAGCAGCAGCAGCAGCAGCAACAACAGAGCUUGGUUAUUGUCAGCCCUAAUCCACAGCCCAAUCCUGCCUUUGCCCCAGCCAUCCACCACAUUGUGUUGGCCAACCCCUCAACCAUGCAAAAUGCCCAGACUAUCCAACUUUCCGGGCAACCUGCCACCUCUCCUCAACCAGCCUCUUCCCCUGGUCAGCUCGGCUCUUGCCCCAGUCCGCAGAUGCUGUCUCCAUCUUCGAAUCCCGGCCAGGGCCCUCCUCCCACUGUCAGCCAGAUGCUGUCUGUCAAGAGGCAGCAGCAGUUACAGAUCCACACAUCACCACCUCCUCCUCCGCCAACACCACCACCCCCUCCUCCAACCCCUCCCAUGGCUCCACCCAUGGCCCCCGCCCAGACUACCUCCACAGAAUCUAGCUUGAUCAAACAAUUGCUGCUUCCAAAGCGUGGCCCUACAACGCCAGGAGGUAAGCUUAUUCUCCCAGCACCGCAAGUCCCUCCUCCUUCCGCCAGCACCAGGGCACCUAGCCCACAGGUAGUUUACCAGGUAACCAAUAGUAGCCAGGGAACUCCGCAAACACCGCAGCUGAAUGUACAGCUGAUGCAAAGCUCACUGCAAGGUGCGGGAGCUGUACAGACUGUGCCCAUCUCAAUCCUACCAGGGCAGAUCCUUUCCACCUCCAACCCUGCCGCCAUCUUACCUAGUAACCAGGUCACCUUCACGGUAGUGCCAAACUCUAGUUUCCCCAAUGCUGCUGUUAACAGCCAGGGGACGCCGUCUUCACUGGUUCCACAGACUGGUCUGACCAUCAACGCGUCACCCCCCACGCUUGGUUUCCAACUGACCCCGUCCGUACCACCUCCGGUGUCUGCCUGCACAACACCUGUGCCACCUUUUCGAGGUGACAAAAUCAUCUGCCAAAAGGAGGAGGAAGCCAAGGACGCUACAGGACUUCACGUCCAUGAGAGAAAGAUCGAGGUGAUGGAAAACUCCUUGGUAACUGAAGUCUCCACCAAAGCCAGCAACGGGCAGCCUAUGGAGGUUGAUGGACCUGGGGCCAAGCUGCUCAACGGUAGGAAGUUUGACUCAAGUCUACCUCCAUACCACUCAGGGAACAGCCAGCCAGAGGCUCUGCAGGGCACACAGGCACUCAAUGGCCCCACCGUGCAGGGCAACGAUGCCACGGCCAAACCGACAUCGGGAGGCCCGCCCUCUGAAUUCAGAAAGCCCCUCGUAAACGGGGUAUGUGACUUUGAAAGAGGGGACACAAGUGGUACCCAUCCAAGCAAAAACAUUCCAAAUCAUAAAGCUUCCAAACAUAUGGGCAAUGGGGAGGUGCUGCUUCCUCAGCAAGUACAUGAGACUUUUACUGACUCGCUGUCACCCCAGCAGAGCACUGCCAAAGCAGAGCAGCUGGAACGCCUGGCCAACGGGCCAAAAAGCUCGGGUCACAGUGCUGAGAUUUCCAAUGGCCCCUCAGCCCAGAGCUUGGACACGACAGGCUUGAGGCAACAGCACCCACCUCGCAACCACAUCUCUCCGCUACCUGCAGCCACACCUACCACCCAGAAUCCCCCCGGAGCAGACCUGGCCACCAAUGGCACAUCUGAGAGCAGGCCCCUAAAGAGACCAGCAGAAGAUGGGGAGCGGGGUGCUUCAGGAAUUCCCAACAAGGUGGGAGUGCGGAUAGUCACCAUCAGCGACCCCAACAACGCUGGCAGCAGUGCUACGAUGGUGGCAGUCCCGGCAGGUGUCGACCCAAGCACAGUAGCAAAAGUAGCAAUAGAAAAUGUAGCGCAGCAGAGACCCAGUGUGCCUGCUACGCUUCCUGAAACUACCACUCGGCAGCCUGUGUCGGCACAGUCUCCACCCCCGGUGGUUCCGACCGCGCAGGGAGCCGGUCAGAGUCCGGUUCCUCCAGGCGACGGGCCUCAGGCCGCAGCGCUCCCUCUGGAACAGACGCGCAAACCCGGACAGAACUUCAAAUGUCUUUGGCAGGCCUGUAAAAGGUGGUUCGAGACGCCGUCGCAGGUGUUCUACCAUGCGGCUACGCGACACGGCAAUAAAGAGGUUUAUCCCGGCCAGUGCUUGUGGGAAGGCUGCGAACCUUUUUCCCGCCAGAGACUCUCUUUCAUUACACAUCUACAGGACAAGCACUGCUCUAGAGAAGCCCUUCUAGCUGGACUCAAGCUGGAGGAAACGCAAGGCAGCAAUUCCAACACUUCCAAGUCUCCCCCACCGGCAGGCAGCAGCCCGGCUCCUCCCAGGCCACAGAAAGCUAUAGUGAAUCACCCGAGCGCGGCUCUCAUGGCCCUGCGCCGGGGCUCCCGCAACCUGGUGUUCAGGGACUUCACCGAUGAUAAAGAGGGACCACUGACCAAACACAUUCGACUAACUGCUGCCUUAACGUUAAAGAACAUUGCCAAGUAUUCAGACCGUGGACAAAAAUUGGUGAAGCGGCAUGAGAAUCACCUCUCGGUGCUGGCGCUCAGCAAUAUGGAGGUCUCCACCACGCUCGCAAAAUGCCUUUACGAACUCACGCGCACACUGCAGGCUUGAGCCCAGCUGAACCCCAAAAAAACAUUUGAACAGGAAACGGAUCUUAUUGUCCUCGUACCUGGUGCGUGAGAUACCGGCGUCGGCAAUGCCUGCCUCCCUCCCUCCCUCUCUCUCUCUCUCUCUCUUUCACUCCCUCUCUCUGUCUCUCCCCGUUCAUCGUUUUCUCCCUCCAUUCCGUUCUCCGUGCGUUGGGAUUUGUGCAUCAUCAUCUUCACCUUAUUCAAAAAAAGAAAAAAAAAAAAAAACUGCCACGGGUCUUCCACCAGCCACACAGAAACCAGCGCACACGCAACACUUUUCCAAACAAGCCACCUUCUCCUCUUCUAGCCCCGAACAAAGCUGCCUCUCCACUCUCAACCAAACGAGCACAUUCUCCUCGGUCCUGAGCGAACCGCCCGUAGCGGACGAAGGGGUUGGGGUGG